GAUAAAAAGUUCAUAAAAAUAUUAUUAUUAUAGUAAACUUCUGUUUUUCUACAUUUCUUGAAAUUUAUUUUCUUGUCAAAUAUAUGUUUUGCUAUUUGUUAAAUAAAUAGUAGUGCAUAGUUAUAAUUUACUUGCGCCAUGUCGGCCAAGAACUUUAUGUCGUCCAUUUUGGACGAGUUAAUGGGACGAAAUCGAAACGCAGGACCGGAUGACAAACCGAAAGCUGUUUCAUGGGAUGACCCCGACAUUUGCUCCCAUUAUCUCGUGUCUUUUUGUCCGAAUGAACUCUUCGUUAACACUAAAGCUGACUUGGGUCCUUGCAUAAAGCUUCAUGAUGAUCAACUACGAAAGAAAUAUUCGGAAGAAGCUCCUAAUAAUAGAAAACUGCAGUUUGAAAAUGAGUUUAUUCGAUUCGCUGAUAAGAUGAUUCAAGAUAUCGAGGCAAAAAUAAAGCGAGGAAAGAUGAGGAUUGCUCUUGCAAAUGGACCGGAUGGGGGUACUUAUGCUGGACCAGGUUCUAAAAAUGCCGAAAAGAUUGCCUUCCUCACCGAAAGGAUUAAUGUUCUCUUGAAAGAAGCGGAGGAAGCAGGGUGUGGGGGAGAUGUAGAGAAAGCUCAAGGACUACUCAAAUUGUGCGAUCAAUUGAAAGAGGAGCGUGAGCAAAUGAAGUCGAAUGAAGUUAACCAUCCAUGGAAUCCUGAUAAAGCAAUGCAAGUAUGUGAAGUUUGCGGUUCUUAUUUAAUCAUUGGCGAGGCUCAGCACCGAUUAGAUGAUCAUAUCAUGGGUAAGCAACAUAUGGGAUUCGCUUUGCUUAGAAAGACAAUGGAUGACGUAAGGAAAGCACGAGAAACUCGGGAUAUGGAAGAAAGGGACCGACAAAAUCGGAGAUUUGGUGGUGGCAGAGACCAUAUUCCCGAUCGAGGUGGUGGUGAUAGGAGGGAGAGAGAUAGAGGGGAUAAGAGGCGUUCGAGAUCCAGAUCGCGCGACAGAAGGAGGAAAGACGACAAACGCAAGUCGAAAUCAAAAUCUCCACGGCGUAGGUCACGAGAUAGAAAGGAUCGGAAAAGAGAUAGAGAUACGUCGAGAGAUCGGGAUAGGGACGCCAAAUCUCGUAAACAUUCCUCUGAUGACAAAGGCCGGGAUAAAGAUAAAGAUAAACAUAGAAGAGAUAAAGAUAGGAAAAAGAGAUCUCGUAGCAGAAGUCGGGACAAGCACCGGAGGAGAUCAAGGAGUGGAGACCGGCACCGGAGAAGGAGAGAUGAUAAAAACAAAGAUAAGGAAGAGAAAGACCGAGAUAGAGCAACUAGUAGUCGCAAGUUGGAUUCUGAAGAUCCAAAGUUGGAAGGAUCAACCCCCACAAAAUCGCCAAAGAUGGAGUCAUCUAAUAAUAAACAAUCCCCUGAAAUCGAAGAGAAUAGUGCGCCUGCUGCCAGUGGAAGGAGUUCUUCUCCAAUUGAAAGUCUUGGAAAAUCUGAAGAAGUAUCUGCAGCAGAUGCCAGCCUUCAAUGGGAGACUGACUCAUUGGAUGCAGCAGCCGUUCCGAACGAAGACCUUCCGUCCAACUUUACUUCAGGACAACUCAUAGAAACCGAAGAAGGAGAUGUAAUCGAAUCAUAAUAUGGUAACCAUUAUUUCUUCCAAGGUAAGUCCUUCGUUACCACGAUUUACUCACAAAUUACCUUAAAUUACUGAUUGUUGGGUUGACGCUUGCAAUUAUUAUAUUCACCAUGCUUGUUGACCAAAGGAUUGUGGCAUUAUUGGCUUUACAAUGUUGUUGUCAAUUUUGUCCAGUCAAAAGCCGUGUAAGAAUGACGGGUGUUGAUCAAUCGAGGGUGAUGUACGUACGAAAACAUGUACAGGUUAGUUUAGUGGGUAUGUAAAACGCAUAAAAGUAAUAUGACACCAACUCUGUGAUGAAGACUUGAUAUUCUCCCUGCCCUGCGAAAAAAAUUACUCUUUACAAACAAAUAUGCUGCUCUGCUGCUGCUGAGUUUUUGAUGAGGUUUCCUCCACGGUUCGACCAUAUCACCGUUAGUGUCAUAUUAAAAUCUGACUGGUCCAUGUUUAAAAGAGGUUAGAUUUUCAAAAUUAUUGUCUCUACAUAAAAACUGCACUACCACGCUGUAUUAUUGCAAGUCGGUAUUCUCGACUUUUGACAGUUCAUAAUAACAAAAAAAGUUCAUUAUUUAGUAAUGGGAAGCAUUCAAAGUUCAAGUAUUAUUAUACCGAUUUGCGUAAUAGGGAUCUAAUUUAACGUUAUAUUUUUCAGGAAUUCCUAUCUUUAAUCCAUGAGAGGCUUCAAUUAACCAUCAUCACACACGUGCAAGGUUAGUCUUCAUCGAUCUUUCACCAAUUUUCUCCCAUGAUCUGCAAUUCUAGAGCGAAAAUAAGUGACCGGAACAAGAACACCUAUCGAUGAUGACGUAAGAAAAAAAUAAGUAGAAGUCAUAAUAAUAAAUUUAGUAGUGUUUCGUAUGUUGUUAAUUGCGAGUAUCGUAAAUAGUAAGCAUAAUAUUUGUUGCUGAUUGAUGAGUUUAUAUAUUAUUAUACAUGUUCAAAAUCGCCAGUUUUAAUGUAGUAGGAAAGCCGUGUUCACUAAAACCUUUUCUAAUUUUCGUCCGCUUUACUUGAAUAGAUAUCGGUAUACUUUUACGAAGUCGAGUUUCGAAUUUGGCUUCUGUGUAAAAAUUUUUGUAGUAAUUAUUAUUAUGUCGUACCAUUCACUAUUUUGAUGAUAUAACGUUAUGAAUUUUUGAUAAUAUAACGUUCCAAGUCCAACAAUUGAUCCGAAAUAUGAAAUUGUGUAUAUUAAUCCAAAUCAACAUGGUGCAAAUUUCAUCCCACACGACUGCAUGCAAAAUUCUCAGGUAGGUUUAAAGUGUAUAGUUUGAUUUGUUAGAUUUAUUACGCACACAAAUAUAGAUAAGAACAUAUCUACAAUUCGUUUUUUUAUAAUUUGAAUUUGACUUUAGUAAUAAAACGCUUUACUAAUUGGAAAUGAAUAAUAAAAUGUCGUCCUUGCAAUUUA